AUGCAAUCUAAAGACGAUGAGUUGAAAACUCAAUUACUCUCAACUCCUGAGAACACUAUCCCUAAGAUUUCUAUAUCACCGAAUAAGAAUGCUUCCAUACACGAAGCAGAAUCAUUACUUAAUAAAGAUCUAAAUAUUCAAGAUACAAAACUUUCUUCUUCUGAAUCUAAAUC